AAAACAAUUGCUUGCUUUCUGGGUAAACCUAAACGGCUAAACUGAUCUGAAGUGGGAUUUGCUUGAACCCAGCGAGAAGCACAGGUGAAAAAUGGAGGGCAAAGCACCGACCCAUUUCUCGUGGAAGAAAUCAAUUAUUGCUUCCUCCUUCUAUUCAGGCUGAGAUCGAGAAGGAGAUUAAAAGAUUUUUGCUGUGAUGGAAGUUGCAGACUUACGCAUGUCCAAACGAUGGCACAAAAUGGAAGCAAGACCGAGAUAAAGUCGAGACGAGGCUCGAAAAUGAGCGCCAAAUCAACUUCAAUCAGCGCCACCAAACAAAGGGUGCAUAAGGAAGCAGAGAACAUCAAGUGGGUAAGUCCUAAAAUUGCUUUAUAGAAAAGUCAUUGACAAAUUGAAAGAUAGAGAGGGAGAUGGUAAUGGGUCGGUUGCUUCAAUUGUUACCAAACUUUGAGUGGAGAUGGAGCUUAGAAUUUACUCAUAGUGUCAUAAUCUCAAGCAAAAAGAAGGGCGCAACAUAUGUAUGGAGUUCUUUCUUCUCAUUUAGUAUGAAAGAGAGUGGCAGAGAGGGUGUUUGGAUUUGUGAGGAUGGCAUUCUUUCAGAGAGCUUCACCAGCUUUGAAGGAAAUCCUCCUCAAACUGUGCAGUUUGGAAAAGCCCACAGAAAUUGAGCAUCACUUGCAUGAAUUUGGUUCUGUUCAAUACCUUAUCCAGUUCUCAGUAUCGGAUCCACAGAAUAUUUACCUGUCGAUUUCAACCCCAUUGUUGUCACAAGGAGCUCUGUUGUCUGAUGGGCUCUCAUCGCACACUGUCGAGAUGGUAAAACAAAUUUGCUCUCAUGUUGUUGAGAUCGUUGAACCUGCAAGAGAAGGAUACCAACUUACUCUAAAAAUCGAUUUUGCACAAAUUUUGCAUGGGAAAGAGUCGGAAAAGAUAAUUACAGAGAUUGCUGCUGUCCAAGCAGUGAUUCUAAGUUCUCAGCUGAAAGAAAUGUUGAGAAAUGUUAAUUCACAGGCUCUAUUCCAUGAAACAUGCAGACCCAUCAAACUUGUAUAUCAUCCAAGGGAACCAUUCUUUGUUAUCAAGCAGGCCCAGAAGAUUCUCGUAAUUUUCCCAAUCCGUUUCAAGGAAAGUACAGAUGUGAUCAUUGCAACAGCCUUUUUCCGGGAACUUAUGGAUGUGGGAAGCUCCGAAAAAUGGGCAAAAGCACCUCCCUGCUGUUGGUCACCCAUACCCCCGCCAGAACUGAGAGGCGAACCUUUGGAAGAACUGAGCACCAAUGGAGGAUUUGUCACCUUCGAUAUUUCUCUGCGUCACGUUGAAGGUAAAAGACUUGACAAAACUGUAUGGAGUUUGCUGAACUUUAAUGCAUAUGUGAAGUACCAUGUAAAGACAACCAGAGGUUUUAUCCAGAGAAGGAUGAGAAAGCGGUUAGAAGGGCUUGUUGAGAUCCUAUAUCAGAAAGGUUCAGAUAAUGUCCUACUCAACAAGGGUCAAGAUGCAGGCAUUAUAUAUAUGAAGAAACUGGUAGCCAAAACUAAACACCUCAAACAGAAAUGUCGUAAUUUGAGCAAGAAGAUCAAGAGAUUCCGAUUUCGAAUUAAAAUCCCUGGAUUUGCACGGUUUCGUCGAAGAUGGUUGAAGUUCCCCAAGUUUUCUUCUUCAAUUGGAUACACCAGACUAAAAUGAAGUGAUUUGACAUCAAUAGAAAAACUUUAGAAAUAACAUAUGGUGUGUCUAGAGACAAAAAUGAUAGGUGGUAGAAGAAGAAUUCUUGGUAUUUGCAUGAAGUCUUAGAGUUUAGUAUCUAUUGAAACGAAAAAGUUUCAACUUUUACACUUCCUAUAUAUAAUGUUUGCCUUUGAUAAUUUUCAUAGAGAACCUUGUGUUUGAGAUUUUUAUUCAUCCUCAUCGUAGUUUAUUUUGUUGAGUUUUUAUAUAGCUCAAUUAGUUAAGAUAUAUA